AGAAUGGCUCAGAGAGGGACGAUGGCCGCGUCGAACAACGCGGCGUCUCAGCGGGUUUGACUGGGUGAUGCUUUGAUGGCCGAAUCCCCUCGCAGCGAGCACGAGGAGGAACAGCCGCCAGGCGAAGGCCCGGCAAAGGUCCGAGUAGAUGAGGCUGAGGUCAGUGAAGAAUCUGGCCGACCGGCACGUUCUGGGCUGGCCCCGUCCAGACCUCCGCCUGCGGUGGUGCUUCAUUCUCUCUUUGACCAAGGAGUUCGUAAGAAGUUCACUGGAGAUAUCAAGAGCUUCAACCCCGCCAAAGGCUAUGGCUUCAUCACGGUGCCAAAGGUUUGGGAACUCAUGAGGUGUGACGUCCACUUUCAGCUCACUGAAGUCUACGACGUGGACGCCGAGAAGGUGUCGGAGAAGGUGCGCGUGGGGUCGAAGUGCACCUUUUGGUGCAAUUUGGACCGCAGCGGUCGACCCCAGGCAAAGGUGGUGCGAAUCACCUGGGCUCCGGAGAGGCCGCCAGAGCCCGUUCCAAAGCCGUUGCCCAAGGGCGAGGAGUUCAAGUACCGGGGGGUCAUCAAGUCCUUCCACGAAGACACCGGCUACGGCUUCAUCAGCUGCAAAGAAACGUUUGCACGCUUCAACCGGGAUGUUUUCCUGCACCACAAGCAGCUGAAUGGCUUCAAGGUGAAUGAUGCUGUGAAGUUCCAAAUCUUCGUAGAUCAAACCAAGGGCCAACCGAAGGCAAUCUCGCUCGAAGCUGCAGAUCCUGAAGACGAGGUGCAAAGCCCACAGGCAACCAGUGAGCAAGCUGCCUCGACCACACAGGAGACUGCUACUCCGCCCGAGGAUGAGUCAGCCAAGCUGGAAGCGGAGGUUGAGGAGACUCAAGAUCUUUGGGAGGAUGGCUGGACACGAUAUCGUGUCGAGGAGGGCAGCGAGGAGUUCUGGUGGUGGCGUGAGCAGACCGAGGAGUACUUUCUUGAAAGCGAGUCGGAUGACUGGUCCAAAUUCCGGGACCAGAAGAGCAACAAGGAGUACUGGUGGCACAAGAGUGGGUCCAGGUGCUUUUGGGCCUCAGAGACUUGAGCGGCGUGGCCGGCGCCCGCCGCGAGGAGGGAGCGUGCGUGUGCUGAUUGACAACAUAUGACGUUUGCAGAGAGGGCCGUGAGCCCUCUUUGGUUGCCGCGCCAGAAGUAAAUUGCGCAAAUUGUCAAUGGUCAGAUUGUGCUUCCACCAACAGUGGUAUAGUGAGUUGUAACUAAUACUCUGGUGAAAACAGCUUGUCAUUGUUUGCC